UUUCGCUUCCUCAAUAUCAGAUUCUGUAAUUUUGCUUCCCCUCUCUCUCGUCUCUCUCACCGGUCACCACCCCUCUUGACAAUAGUCAAGUCUGUUGAAGCGCAAGGGUACUCUCUCUCUCUCUCUCUCUCUCUCUCUCUCUCUCCUUAGACAUGUUUUCUAGGGUUGUAGAAAAGAACAGUAUUUGUAGCAAUAUCAUAUCCAACGUUUCUCCAAUUCUUCACAGGAAAGAACCCAACAGAUUCACACCUCAAAACCCUAAAACCAAAAACCACCCUUUUCUCCUCAUACCCUUAUCUAUAUAGGGUUCUGUUUUUCUUUGCUUUUGAAAUUUGCUCAUUAUCCUCUGUGAUUAUUGGUGCAAUUUGUGUUGGGUUUUGGUUACAUAAUAAAAAACAAUGGGUGACUUUGAUUGCCAAAAAAUAAGAAACAUAUGUAUUCUGGCCCAUGUUGAUCACGGCAAGACCACGCUUGCUGACCAUUUGAUUGCCUCGUACGGGGGCGGCGUACUCCACCCGAAGCAAGCGGGUAGGCUUAGGUUUAUGGAUUACCUCGAUGAAGAACAGAGGCGUGCAAUAACGAUGAAGAGUUCUUCGAUAUCUCUUCAAUACAAAGACCAUUCAAUAAACCUUAUAGACUCCCCCGGUCACAUGGACUUUUGUAGUGAGGUUUCCACUGCUGCCCGGUUGAGUGACGGGGCUUUAGUCUUGGUGGAUGCCGUUGAGGGUGUCCACAUUCAGACACAUGCGGUCUUGCGCCAAGCUUGGAUUGAAAAGCUUAAUCCUUGUUUGGUGCUAAAUAAGAUGGAUAGGUUGAUUUCUGAACUAAAGUUGAGUCCAAUGGAGGCUUAUAAUCGUUUGCAAAGGAUUGUUCACGAGGUCAAUUCUAUUAUGAGUGCUUACAAGUCGGAGAAGUAUCUUUCAGAUGUAGAUUCCAUUCUGGCGGGGCCCUCUGGUGAGGUUGGCAAUGAGAAUCUUGAGUUUAUAGAGGAUGACGAGGAAGAUACAUUUCAACCCCACAAGGGGAAUGUUGCUUUUGUGUGUGCACUGGAUGGCUGGGGUUUCAGUAUUAGUGAGUUUGCAGGGUUCUAUGCUUCAAAGCUUGGGGCUAGCUCAGCUGCGUUACUUAAAGCCCUAUGGGGCCCUCGGUAUUUCAAUCCCAAGAUGAAGAUGAUUGUGGGUAAGAAGGCAAUGGGUGGAGGAAGUAAAGCUCGCCCUAUGUUUGUGCAGUUUGUGCUUGAGCCCCUUUGGCAGGUUUACCAGGCGGUUUUAGAAGCUGAUGGAGGCAAAGGGGUACUUGAGAAAGUCAUUAAAUCGUUCAACUUGUCUAUACCUCCUAGGGAACUUCAGAACAAGGAUCCAAAAGCGGUGCUUCAAUCUGUCAUGAGUCGCUGGCUUCCUUUGUCAGAUACUAUCUUGUCUAUGGUUGUGAAGUGUAUGCCAGACCCAAUUGCCGCCCAAUCUUUAAGGAUAGCACGGUUGAUUCCAAAGAGAGAAGUUUUAAGUGACGGGAUUGUCUCUGAAGUGCUUGCUGAAGCAGAGCUUGUAAGAAAAUCUGUUGAGCUUUGUGAUUCAAGUCCUGAAGCCCCGUGUGUUGCUUUUGUAUCUAAGAUGUUUGCUGUUCCUUCGAAAAUGCUACCUCAAAGGGGCGUAAAUGGUGAGUUUGUGAAUAAUUCUGCUGAUGACGGUGAGUCAGAUGAGUGCUUCCUUGCAUUUGCACGAAUUUUUAGCGGUGUUCUUUGUUCAGGACAACGGGUUUUUGUACUUUCAGCUUUGUAUGACCCAUUAAAAGGGGAAUCGAUGCAAAAGCAUGUCCAAGAAGCUGAGUUGCAUUCGUUGUAUCUGAUGAUGGGUCAAGGCUUGAAACCAGUGGCGUCUGCAAAGGCUGGGAACGUGGUGGCUAUUAGAGGGCUUGGCCAGCAUAUAUUGAAAAGUGCGACUCUUUCAUCUACUAAGAACUGUUGGCCUUUCUCCAGUAUGGUGUUUCAGGUUUCUCCCACUCUUAAAGUUGCGAUUGAGCCCACCGAUCCUGCUGAUAUGGUGGCACUCAUGAAAGGUUUAAGGCUAUUGAACCAUGCGGACCCAUUUGUAGAGGUCACUGUUUCUUCUAGAGGAGAGCACGUGCUUGCUGCGGCAGGAGAGGUUCACCUUGAGAGAUGCAUAAAAGAUUUGAAGGAGAGAUUUGCAAAAGUAAGCUUGGAAGUUUCUCCCCCACUAGUCUCCUAUAAAGAGACCAUUGAAGUUGAGGCGUUCCAUCCAUUAGAUUAUUUGAAGUUUUUAAGUUGCAGCUCUGAUUACAUUGAGAGGACAACACCAAAUGGUAGAUGUGUUGUUCGAGUGCAGGUCGUGAAGCUUCCACCUGCUCUAACUAAGGUGCUUGAUGAUAGUUCCAAUGUGCUAGGAGGCAUUAUUGGAGGUAAAUCGGGUCAUACUAGUGACAAAAGCUUGGAAACUCAGAGAACAAGCAUCGUGGAAGACGACAACCCAAAUGAAGUGCUUAAGAAACGGAUAAGUGAUGCUAUAGAGAGUGAUAUGCCAUCUGGAAUUGCAGAUAUCGACAAGGAGAAGUGGAAUAUAGUGUGGGAAAGGUUGCUUAAGAGAAUCUGGGCGCUAGGUCCUCGACAGGUUGGUCCUAACAUGCUCCUCACACCCGACGACUACAAAGGAAAGACAACGGAAUCUGUUCUUGUCCGGGGUUCACCUCUUGUGUCUGAAAGAUUAGGUUUUGUGGGUGUAUGUAGCAAUGGUGAUGAAGCGCUGGAGGCAUCAUCUGUGGCAACUCAUGCACUGUACCAAGAAGCGGAGACUCUUGAGAACAGUGUUAUCUCUGGAUUUCAACUAGCUACAGCAGCUGGCCCUUUGUGCGAAGAACCUAUGUGGGGUUUGGCAUUCAUUGUCGAGGCUUGUAUUUCUCCAUUGAUUGGGCAAUUAAAUGAAUCUGAAACUCCUCAUCAACAACCGGAACAAUAUGGGAUCUUGACUGGGCAGGUUAUGACAACUGUCAAGGAUGCUUGUAGGACAGCCGUACUUCAGAAGAAACCCCGGCUCGUCGAGGCCUUGUAUUUCUGUGAACUGAACACUCCAACUGAGUACUUGGGCCCCAUGUAUGCAGUGCUUGCUAGGAGGCGGGCCCGAGUUUUGAAGGAGGAAAUGCAGGAAGGUUCUCCGUUGUUCACUGUGCACGCUUAUGUGCCAGUUGCUGAGAGCUUUGGCUUUGCGGAUGAGUUGAGGAGAUGGACUUCUGGGGCUUCGAGUGCUCUGCUUGUUUUUAGUCAUUGGGAAGCACUGUAUGAGGAUCCUUUCUUUGUGCCCAAGACAGAAGAAGAGCUUGAAGAGUUCGGAGACGGUUCUAAUGUUCCACCUAAUACAGCGAGGAAACUCAUCGAUGCUGUGAGGCGGCGGAAGGGUCUUCCGGUGGAGGAAAAGGUAGUCCAACAUGCUACAAAGCAGAGGACCCUAGCCCGUAAAGUGUAGAAGUUUUUCUGAUCUUGUGUUGUCGUUGUCUCUUAUAAGGUUUCUAAGGGAACACAUACUUCUUUCCUUUUUGCCUGAAAGGGGCUAUUAUACGAUUAUGCUCACACGCAAUUUUUUGGCCAUAGGUAACAUUAUUCUCAUUUUUCUGUUUUUGUGGACCCUAGCCCGUAAAGUGUAGAAGUUUUUCUGAUCUUGUGUUGUCAUUGUCUCUUGUAAGGUUUCUAAGGGAACACAUACUUCUUUCCUUUUUGCCUGAAAGGGGCUAUUAUACGAUUAUGCUUACAUGCAAUUUUUUGGCCAUAGGUAACAUUAUUCUCAUUUUUCUGUUUUUGUACCGGUAUCUGGUUGAUAGUAGUGAUUAGUUCCAAAUUGAGACUUUUCAAGUGUUGGAUUAA